CCGCUCGGGGCUGGCGGCGAGAGCGCGGUGCCGCCGGCGGCCGAGGAGCGACGGCGAGCGGCAGCGGCAGCGGCCGGGGCUGCGCAGCAGGGCCCGCGGCGGGGCGCGCCCGGCCCCCGGCAUGGCCCGGCAAUAGGCAGGGAGCGCUGCCCGCCCGCCAGCCCGCCGCUCCCGGCGGCAGCCCCCGCCGCUCCCCGUCCGUCCUAUGUGACCCGCCCCGGCGCCAAGAUGAAAGACGAUUUUGCAGAGGAGGAGGAGGUACAGUCCUUCGGCUACAAGAGGUUUGGUAUUCAGGAGGGGACUCAAUGUACCAAAUGCAAAAAUAACUGGGCACUGAAGUUUUCCAUCAUCUUAUUAUAUGUUUUAUGUGCCCUGUUAACAAUCACAGUAGCCAUUCUGGGAUACAAAGUUGUAGAAAAAAUGGACAAUGUGACAGGUGGCCUGGAAACAUCCCACAGAAGAUACACAGAAAAGCUCACAGAAGUGGAGAGUGGGCUGAAGAAAUUAGAUGACCAAGCUGGGCAAAAAGCCAUGGACACUAACACUGAACUGUCUAGCUUCAGAUCUGACAUUCUGGCUCUUCGUCAGCAGCUUCAUGAUAUUGCAGAGAAAACUACCAGAAACAAAGAUACACUGGAGAAGCUGCAAGAGUCUGGAAAUGUAUUAGAUGAUAGACAGAGUCAAAUGAGAAGUGCCUUAGAUAGUAACUCUAUCAUGAUCAUCAGUGUUAAUAAGACUCUUCAGGCAUACACUGGCUAUAUCAACAAUCUUCAACAAGACACAAGUAAUAUCCAAACAAACUUGCAAAACCAAGUGCAUUCUCAUAAUGUGGUCAUCAUGAACCUGAACAACUUAAACCUGACACAAAUGCAGCAAAGAAAUCUUAUCAGUGUCUUGCAGAAGUCAAUGGAAGAUACAAGCUUGGCUAUUCUAAGAAUCAAGAAUGACUUUCAAAAUCUGCAGCAGGUUGUCCUUCAAGCCCGGAAGGACACCGAUGGGCUUAAGGAGAAAGUACAAAAUUUGCAGACUUUGGCUGCCAACAACUCGGCAUUGGCUAAAGCUAACAAUGAUACACUUGAAGACAUGAACAAUCAGCUCAGCUCCUUCAGCGGGCAAAUGGAGAACAUCACCACAAUUGCCCAAGCCAAUGAACAAAAUCUAAAGGAUCUCCAGGAACAACAUAAAGAAUAUGAAAACAGAACUUCUGCCAAAUUUAACCAGCUAGAAGAGAGGUUCCAGGUCUUCGAAACUGAUAUAGUCAAUAUCAUUAGCAACAUCAGCUACACUGCUCAUCAUCUACGAACACUGACUAGCAAUCUCAAUGAGGUCAGGACAACUUGUACAGACACCUUAAGUAAACAUUCAGAUGAGCUGAUUUUUAUGAACAGCACACUAGCCAAUAUUCGCUUAGACUCCGCAUCUCUCAAGGUGCAACAGGAUUUGAUGAGGUCAAGGUUAGAUGUUGAAGUUGCCAAUUUGUCAGUAAUCAUGGAAGAAAUGAAGCUGGUGGAUUCCAAACAUGGCCAGCUCAUCAAGAACUUCACUAUCCUACAAGGACCUCCUGGUCCAAGGGGACCUAAAGGUGACAGAGGCCCUCAAGGUCCUCUUGGCCCCGCUGGCCUAAAAGGACAAAAAGGAGAGAAAGGAGAGCCUGGACCACCAGGACCUGCAGGUGAGAAGGGCCCACCUGGGCCAACCGGUCCACCAGGAGAAAAAGGAGGAAAAGGUUCUAGAGGAUCACCUGGCUCCAAAGGUCAGAGAGGUUCUCCAGGCAAGACCGGUCCGCCUGGACAAAGUGGAGACCCAGGACCACCAGGUCCACAAGGCAAAGAUGGUCCACCUGGGCCACAAGGUCCACCAGGAUUUCAAGGGCUGCAAGGAACUGUGGGAGAGCCAGGGGUACCAGGACCUCGAGGACUACCUGGGCUACCUGGAGUCCCUGGGAUGCCUGGUCCAAAGGGCCCACCUGGGCCACCAGGGCCACCAGGUCCAGGGAUGCCAAUGGCCCUACAGAGUGAACCUACGUCAGUGCCUGAGGCUAAUGGUUGUUCUCCUCAUUGGAAGAACUAUACUGAAAAGUGCUACUACUUUUCAAUUGAAAGAGAAAUUUUUGAAGAGGCAAAGUUAUUCUGUGAAGAGAGGGCAUCACGCUUGGUUAUCAUAAACAACAAAGAGGAGCAGCAAUGGAUAAAAAGACAGAUUUUUGGAAAAGGCAGCUUCUGGAUUGGACUAACAGAUUCAGAGAAGGAAAAUGAAUGGAGAUGGCUGGAUGGAUCCUUACCAGUUUACACGAACUGGAAAACUGGGCAACCUGAUAACUGGAGCCAUGGGCACGGGCCAGGGGAAGAUUGUGCUGGGUUGAUCUAUGCUGGGCUCUGGAAUGACUUCUACUGUGAAGACGUUAACAAUUUCAUUUGUGAAAAAGACAUGGACAAAGGGCAAAUAUUUGGAGUGUAACAGGCUGUGACUUAACAGAUAUGUAUGUACUAUGGAAAUUUACUUAAAGAAGAAAAUCCUGGGAGAAAGAGCAACAUUGCCUACCAAAAUUGAAAGGGGAAAAAAACCCAGACAAACAAAAGCAAGAACUCAAAACUGGUUUAAGUGUAUAAAGGAAUUCAGCAGCAGCUCUUCUCCAGCAUCCUGCAAUUAUUCAAGGCCUUUCAACCCACAGCAUCAAGAAAUACCGUUGGACUAAUUCUGUUACAGAUUUUCUUCCCAACCAGUAACCACAUACAUAAGUGACUUGCGUCUUCUAAGAAAAGACAUUCUAUCAAUCUGAAUAAGACUGUUGGUCACUCAUAUAGAAAAACGUAUAAAGCAACUGUGUAAACAGUAUGUUUCAUUUGCUAAAUCCCAAAUGUAGGAAAAUUAUACAGAUACACGAAUAUAUAGAUUUUAUAUAAAUAUAUAUAUAUAGUCCAACUCUUAUCAAUAAUAUGGAAUAUACUUUUAAGAGCUUUUAAAACUUUGUAUUUUUGUACAAAAUAUUUGCUUUUUACAAUUGUUCUCUUUUUUACUGACUUUUUUUACAAAUAUAGUGCACAGGGGCCAAAGAAAACAAUAAAGGUACUAAUAAUUCAUUAAUUUUUUUGCUGGUUUGCUGUCAGGCCUAGCUCAGCUAUAGAGAAACAUUUUUCCAUUUAGAAAUGUUUGUACUUUCCCAGAUGAUUUGUUCUGGUUAAAUAACUUUUAAAGCAGAUUUUAGGUAGUGUUUUUCAUAUUAUAUGCAGUCUAAUCUGCAUGUGUAACAAGUAAGUUGACUAAGAACUAGAUACUCAUUAUAGCUCUGAUCACAGCCAGUGUUCCGUUGGGGUACUAUGCAAAGACCAUGGUAAUAAAAGUUUUUCCAUCCCGCCUGCCUACCUGCCUGUCUUCUUUCCUGUCUGCCUGCUUUCCUGCCUGCCAGCCAUCUUGCCUUCCUGCCUUCCACCUACCCAUGAGAAAAUGCCACUGAAGUACAUCACCAGCUCUUAAGAAUGAUUUUGACAUGCUUCCAUUCCUUCUCCCUUCUCAUGAGGAAUUGUGCCCCAGUAGGUGCUACCCAUAUUGCAAGUCAAGCCCAGGUGAAGGAUUUGAUGAAAACGGAAUCAAAGGAGCUGCACACGCUGAAAUAUGUUUCUUUUUAAGACAGAUUCCAAAAUGUGGUAAGAAAAAGACGCCAUACUCAGAAAAGUCAAAUCAACUUCUCCAGAGUGCUUUGUAAAUCGAUCUCUCUGUUUUCUGGGCCACUACUCUCCCAAACAAAGUAGAAAAUAAAAUACACUGCAAAACAGAAAGCAGUGUGUCUAAUGGCAUGUAGCCAGUUUCCUCCAUGGUCCCAUAAGGUCCCAUGCAGCUUAUCAGGAAUUAAAAAAAUAUUAGGAACCAGUUCAUUAGUAGAAACCCUGGUUUUGGUUCCCAGUUUUUAUACUCUUCACAUGGCCAAACUCUGCAUCACAAAGGAAGUUGUUUUGGCUUCUUGGGAAGGAGAGCUGUUUUUCCAUUGCCUCCUGACCUGCCGUUUACCUUGGCUGAAUGCAGAUUAAGUUUGUUGAAAUACUCCAGCUCUGUUGGAAAGAGACAAGAUUUUGUACUUCUGAUUUUCAAAUACUGAUCCUAAGACCAACCAAUUAAAGACUGUUGCUUUCCUACAUCCCA